CACCCCUAACUUCCUCUCCAAAGUGUUUAAUUUGCUUCCCUAGUUAGUCUCCUUUGUCAGCUUCUCCUGACUAUUAGCUACUUUCUUUAGGAAGAAAGUAAUUAAGAAAGAUGUUUAUCGAGAAUUUUAAGGUUGAGAGCCCUAACGUGAAGUACACAGAGACUGAGAUUCAGUCCGUGUACAACUAUGAAACCACUGAACUUGUUCACGAGAACAAGAAUGGCACUUAUCAAUGGGUUGUCAAGCCCAAAACCGUCAAAUAUGAAUUUAAAACUAACACCCAUGUCCCUAAACUAGGGGUAAUGCUUGUGGGGUGGGGUGGAAACAACGGUUCAACCCUCACUGGUGGUGUUAUUGCUAACAGAGAGGGUAUCUCAUGGGCAACAAAGGACAAGAUUCAACAAGCCAAUUAUUUUGGGUCCUUGACCCAGGCAUCAGCCAUCAGAGUGGGGUCUUAUCAAGGGGAGGAAAUCUAUGCCCCUUUCAAGAGCCUCCUUCCAAUGGUAAACCCGGAUGAGAUUGUGUUCGGGGGAUGGGAUAUCAGCAACAUGAACCUGGCUGAUGCGAUGGGGAGGGCGAAGGUUUUCGACAUUGAUCUCCAGAAACAGUUGAGGCCUUACAUGGAAUCCAUGGUUCCACUUCCCGGUAUCUACGACCCUGACUUCAUCGCUGCCAACCAAGAAGAACGCGCCAACAACGUGAUUAAGGGCACUAAGAAAGAACAAGUUCAACAGAUCAUCAAAGACAUUAAGGCGUUUAAGGAAGCUAACAAAGUGGAGAAGGUGGUUGUUCUAUGGACUGCGAAUACAGAGAGGUACAGUAACGUGGUUGUGGGACUGAAUGACACGAUGGAAAACCUCUUAAGUGCCUUGGACAGGAACGAGUCCGAGAUCUCUCCCUCCACCUUGUAUGCCUUGGCCUGUAUCUUGGAGAAUGUUCCUUUCAUCAAUGGAAGCCCCCAGAACACUUUUGUCCCUGGCCUCAUUGAUCUCUCCAUCAACAGGAACAGCUUGAUUGGCGGCGAUGACUUUAAGAGUGGCCAGACCAAAAUGAAAUCCGUCUUGGUCGAUUUCCUUGUCGGGGCUGGCAUCAAGCCAACAUCAAUAGUGAGCUACAACCAUCUUGGGAAUAACGAUGGAAUGAACCUAUCAGCCCCACAAACUUUCCGCUCCAAGGAAAUCUCCAAGAGCAACGUUGUUGAUGAUAUGGUCAACAGCAAUGGCAUCCUCUACGAGCCUGGCGAGCACCCUGACCAUGUAGUCGUUAUUAAGUAUGUGCCAUAUGUGGGGGACAGCAAGAGAGCCAUGGAUGAAUACACUUCGGAGAUAUUCAUGGGUGGCAAGAACACAAUCGUGUUGCACAACACCUGCGAGGAUUCCCUCUUAGCCGCACCUAUUAUCUUGGACUUGGUCCUCCUUGCUGAGCUCAGCACCCGUAUUCAGUUCAAAGCUGAAAAUGAGGGCAAGUUUCACUCGUUCCACCCGGUUGCCACUAUCCUGAGUUACCUCACCAAGGCCCCUCUUGUUCCACCUGGUACACCAGUAGUGAAUGCACUGUCAAAGCAGAGAGCCAUGCUGGAAAACAUCCUCAGAGCUUGCGUUGGCUUGGCUCCUGAGAACAAUAUGAUUCUCGAGUACAAGUGAAUCCAAUCAACCACUGCUUUCAACAUACACGCUCCUCACAGCCUGCGUGUAUAUCAUUUCACAAAUGUACAAUAUUCAUCAUGUGUGUCUCUUUUUAAUUUGCUCCUGCUAAGUUAUUUGAGAGCAGGUCAAUUAAAUAUGCAUGUGAAAUAAAAAUCUCAGUCAUUCUACUGUUUUCUGCCUAAUAA